AUGAUAAGGAGAAUCAGACAACGACGAUCACAGACUGUUGAGCAGCUGAAGUCUUGUAUCAAGAGUUGUAUACGGUACAGAUGUGGCCUGACCAACACCAUACAGGACAUCCUAAAGAGUAAGUGCCGUGCUUCUACUGAUGGCGAAUGGGACUUUAACUGGUGUGAUUUUGGGUGGCUGAGAGAGAACUUUGUUCACUCAUACAUGGAGGAACAUGUGCGGAUAUGUCACUUGCGCAACCAUUUACAGUUGACCCAUAAGAAUCUGAUGGUAAAAAACCUGAAGAGGUAUAGAAAAACUUUAGAGCGGGAGGCUGGGCGUUUAGAGGCAGCCAAAUGUGACUUUUUCCCCUGUACGUUUGUGCUGCCCAGUGAGUAUCACAUCUUUGUGGAAGAGUUUAAGAGAAGCCCAGGGAGCACCUGGAUCAUGAAGCCUGUGGCACGAUCACAAGGGAAAGGAAUUUUUCUGUUUCGAAAACUCAAAGAUAUCAUAGAUUUGAUUAGGGAUGGGUCCCGCUCUGAAGAGCAGAAAGAUGAGGCUCAAAUUGAGAGCUAUGUCGCUCAGCGCUACAUUGAGAAUCCCUACCUCAUAGCUGGGAGAAAAUUUGACUUGAGAGUCUAUGUUCUUGUAACAUCAGUAAGCUGUGUGAAUUAUCGCCAGAAACAGCUUUUAAAGCCUUUCCCAGGACAGAAGAGGACAUGA